AAGGUCUUUUUGGUAGUCUGGCUAAGUGCUUUUGCGCAACAAGUGCUUAAUGUAGUGUAUAAAACUAUAAUGUAGUGUAUGUGUUGUGGCCCCCAUGCUAUCCAUUGCUGGUCGUACUCGAUUCGCUUGACUUCCUGAUCGAACGAGUGCCAUUAUACGUUCAAUGUGCUGGAUGGCCGUUGACGGGAUUCAAGUAGGCGCUGGAUUUCAAAUAUUUCAAAAGUGAGGUUAGGUGCAUUGUUUUGACUUUUCAUCUGAGUGAUAUUUAUGCAUUUUCACUUUUAUUGCUGCUUCUGCAUAGGUGCACACAUCGCAUAAUGAACAAAGGUGCAACAAUGGAUUCCGUGAAGCAGAAUGUCGGUCAGGACAUGUCAACAAGGAAGGCCCUCUUCCUUCUUAUCACCGUCUUCGUCAGCAGUGUCGUAGCAAUGUUCUACGUGUAUCUCAAGUUUCCUGAUCUCAAUGAGUCUGAGAGGCACCAUUUGCGAAUCCCCUUUGAUAUUGAGGAUGCCAAGCAAUUGGGACUUGUGCUGGAUCGUUACAAAGAUCUUUACUACUUCGAGGUGAUGUUCGGGAUUAUCUUGGUAUACAUUUUUCUACAGACAUUCGCCAUACCAGGAUCGCUCUUCCUAUCUAUUCUCAGCGGGUUCCUGUUCAACUUUCCGACCGCAUUGCUGCUGGUGUGCUUCUGCUCUUCGCUAGGCGCCACACUGUGCUACCUGCUGUCCCAGCUGGCAGGCAGAAGAUUGGUGAGACGAUUCUUGCCCGAAAAAGCUGCUUCAUGGUCACAGCAAAUCGAGAAGCACCGCGAUAACUUGCUCAGUUACAUGCUCUUUCUACGCAUGACGCCCUUCCUGCCCAAUUGGUUCAUCAAUCUUGUGGCACCUGUGAUAGGUGUUCCACUGUUCCCCUUCGCUUUCGGCACGUUCCUGGGCGUCGCUCCGCCAUCUAUGAUCGCCAUCCAGGCAGGGAAAACACUCCAUACGAUGACCAGCUCUAGGGAUGCUUUUUCAUGGACGUCCAUGUGCAUUUUGGCGCUAUUCGCCGUGCUCUCACUUGUUCCCGUGCUUCUAAAGAGGCAAUUGCAAGCAAAGAUCAAGUAAUUUUAACGU